GCCUCCUCCUCCUUCUCCUCUUCCCCCUCCUCGUUUGGUGUCUCUGCCUGGGCUGGUGCAGUCUGAGGGGAUGGGGGGUUAGAGCCUGCACCGUCAACUACCUGUGUGGCCCCCGCAUGGAGGAAAGUGAACAGGGAUGCAUUUGAUGGAGCAGUUUUUAUCCGAGACACGAAUGCGUCCUCAGCGCUUUACCGGGCAUGCCGACGUUGCGACGUUUUAUUGACAACAUAAAACAAGGCAUUGCAUGUGCCAACUUUUUUCUGUGAAUAUGUCUUUGUGAGAAACUCUGGCUCGUCAUCCUCGGCCGGGAUUCCCCACAAUAUUUUCAACAAGAGAAGAAGAAAAAAAAUCUGCAAAAAUGGACAAAGAAAGUAUUGGUACUCAAUAUGAGCCUGUGGCCGAGAUUGGAGAAGGUGCCUAUGGGAAAGUGUACAAGGCGAGAGAUUUGAAGAACGGGGGACGCUUUGUAGCCCUAAAACGAGUUCGUGUCCAGACAGAGGAAGAAGGCAUGCCGCUUUCCACUAUCCGAGAGGUGGCGGUGCUGAGGCAGCUUGAAGCCUUUGAGCACCCCAAUGUUGUCAGGUUGUUUGAUGUGUGCACAGUCUCUCGGACUGACCGAGAAACCAAACUCACUCUGGUCUUUGAGCAUGUAGAUCAGGACCUGACUACCUACCUGGAAAAGGCCCCUGAUCCCGGAGUGCCACCUGAGACCAUUAAGGAUAUGAUGUACCAGCUGCUCCAGGGUUUAGACUUCCUGCACUCUCACCGCGUGGUUCACCGUGACCUAAAACCUCAAAACAUCCUGGUCACCAGCGGAGGACAGAUCAAACUGGCCGACUUUGGCCUAGCCCGCAUCUACAGCUUCCAGAUGGCGCUCACGUCAGUGGUGGUGACACUGUGGUACAGAGCCCCAGAAGUGCUGCUUCAGUCAAGUUACGCUACACCGGUGGACCUGUGGAGUGUUGGCUGCAUCUUUGCUGAGAUGUUCAGGAGAAGGCCGCUGUUUAGAGGAAACUCAGAUGUUGAUCAGCUAGGAAAGAUUUUUGAUGUUGUUGGGGUACCCUCAGCAGAAGACUGGCCCCAGGAAGUGGCCCUACCACAGAGUGCCUUCACACCCCGGCCCCCGAAACCAAUAGAAGACCUAGUUCCAGACAUGGAUGAGCAGGGACGGGCCUUGUUAAUGCAAUUCCUUGCCUUCAACCCCUCCAGGAGAAUAUCAGCCUUCGCUGCAUUGACUCACCCCUACUUUCAAAACGUGGACAGCGACAGCAAAAAUGUAUACGCAGCCCAGCCUAUCCCCAGCAACAAGCCCACGAUGGAGGAGAGGACUGCCUGAAAGUCCAUCUUCGCUUUUAAUCACCCCACAGCCCAGUGUCUAUAAGAAGUGUUCACCGUAGCCCUCCUAAAAGUUUGUCAUGUUUUAUUCCAACGUUAAAUCAAAGUUCAUUAAUAAAGGUUUUUUUGGCACUGAUCAGAGUUUCCCUUUCAACAAAUCUACACAAAUCAAGUAAAAAUAGCAAUGCAAAGUAACUGAUUAUAGGAAUAUUCACCAUGUCAAGAAAAUAUCUAGAAGAGUCUAGAGGGUAAAUCUGUCAGCUUUGCCCCAUCAUGGUGACUCCAUUCUUGCAUGACAUGCUGUGCCUCAGAUUGGUUGGAUUGUGAUUUUUACCAUAGAAUUCUUGUGCAGUAUGGCUUCUUCCACUUUCUUUUCCUCUAUACUUUUCUUUGAUUGCCCCCUCUCAAGUGGCCUACUGCAAAGAUGUGUCACCACUACAGCAUGAUGCCACUUAACACUUAGUUUGUUGGUCAGAAAGCUUUAAUUCGGGGGCAUGCAGAGCCAUGUUUUAAUAUUUGUGUACUACAUGCCAAAUACAAGUUGACAAGUAGUGAGGUUUUUCUACAGUGGCUUUUUUUUUUUUCGUUCUAACUGGCCAUAAGUCUAGUGAUCUGCACGGGCAGCAGCUGCCUAACUAAAGAAAAACACAUCUUGGUCACCAGCACUUUGUUGCAUUAGUAAUGAUGUCAUUUAGAGGAGCAAUACUUGCACUCUUAAUAGGCAAGUUUGUUAAAAUGUUUUGUUGUUAUUGUAACUGUUUUUUUUCUGAUAAUCAGUGUCAAAAAAAGCUUAAUUAAUCUUGGUUUCACGUUGCAUCUAAAAUAAGAAACAAAACCUAAAACAGACUACAGUGGGCCAAUACUUUUUAUAGUCUGUAUACAGUGCUCAAGGGGUGGCAGGUGGGGUGAAAAUGCUGUUGAAAGGGAUGGCAUCAAAUGCGCUCACCCUCUGAACCCUGGAUACACAAGCUGUCAUCCUUCCAUGAACUAUUGGAUUGUAAUUGCUGCUUUUAGGAUGUGAAAUGUUGUGUAACAAUGCAAAGAGACCUGAUCCUCAGGUUGACUUGUAGUAGUGGGACGGACUGAGUGUAGAGUCCGAGGCGUGGAAGCCUCUUUACGACCAGUGUUUAUCCUUAUAAAAGAGACUCUGGACUGUGGGGGGGGGACCAGGCCGGAGCGUGGGUGGACAGAGUGGAUCGUAUCUUAUUUUUUCUUUUUUUUAAUGAAAGCUUGCUUACUGCUGGUGUGUGCAGUGAGAAGACAAAAAUGUCACACAGCGUUUAUUGUGCCCACUGCCAUUGAAAUAAGCACACUCAUGUACUCAGACAUUGUUGGGCAUCACAAGCCAGCCACUCACUGCCAUGUCCCUUAUCAUUCCAGUUUUUCCUGUACUAUUGGUGCCACCUUGUGGAUGUCCAGAGUAACUGCAGGCCAGUAGCAGGAUUCUAAUGGUUUCUGCACUCUUUGAGGAACUUGUAACGGGCUGAUAUCGGUGCUGAGACAAUGAUGAAAGAACUUAGAUGUUCCCACCACUUACAUGGACUUUAAGACUUUUUUUAAAUGACUUUUAGUGUACCAUCAUGAGCUUUUAUCAUUACGAAAUCCAAUUAUUAUUUCUGUCCAAAUGAGUCACCAGCACUAUUGAACAUGGUUUGGAACACUUUUCUGUCACCAGUAUCCUGUAUUUAAUUUUAAUUUUAUUGACAAGCCUUAUAUCCUCGUAAUAAGAUUGUUUUUUUUUUUGUUUUUUUUUAAGAUGCUGGGGCAUACAGUGUUCACCAACUCUUAAGAGACAAUGGAGUUUGUGUAAAAAUAGUAUGACAUUGUAAGGAAUGUAUAAAGGAAAGGCCUUGGUACUGUACAGUAUAUUGUGCUAGUUCUAAAGUACAAUCUGUAAUGAUAGAAACCUUUUGAUACGUGUUUUGUCAGCACAUAGAUGAGUCAAAAUGGAUAGACGUAGAGUAGCGAGGGUCGGUGGAAUGUUGCAUCGCGAGAGUUUUGUCGUCUGGAUGGGUUGUUUGGGUGGAUUUCCUUUAUCAGGAGUUGAGACAACUACGGAUUUUACAGUAGUUUUCAUAAUCAUGUAAUGCACAAUAUUUUGAGUACAGUUUCUGCUUUGUUUUACCUUGACCUGCCGUUCUAUUCAAGUUUUGUUUUGUAUUUUUUCUUUUUCCCAGCAAGGAAAAAGCAACUUUUCCAGAGUUUAAUUCUUGUACCUAGUAGUUCUUGCAGAACAGCAACAUUGUAACACUGGUUUUUGGUUUUCCUAACAGGUAGUGCUUUUUAGCACACACAGACACACACAGACUCACUCUGACUUUCUCAGGUUCUUUCCUCGGACGUCCGAAACCUCUUGGGCACAGUUUGCACAUCUCUGGGUUACUGAAUGACCACGAUACAACUCCUUCAGGUUCUCUUUCAAGCUAAUGAUCAUGCCGUUGAUCAUAGUCUACUGUCUUUACUAUUUAUCAAAUAUGUUACUGUAGUCAUUACUGUCUGAAGAUAACUGCCUGUAUAAACUGUUUUUGCCACAGACUAAUACCUAGAUGGCAAACACGACAGAAAUACAUGUGUAAUUGUCUGCUUAACACUGUGUGAUUUUUUUUUUCCAUAUUUGAGAAAGACUCGUUUCUUGUGUAAGUGGCAUCUACAAUGCAAUGAAAGCUACAAAUACAUUAGCAGAGGUUUACGUUUGAAAUGACUGCUUUAAUCUCAUUACAGUAAUACAAUGAUUAUGCUUUCUAGUGAUUUUAAUCAGUCUAUAAUGCAUUUCAAUAUCACAACUGAAAUCCACUGAACUUUGAGCAGUGUCUAUUUUUGAACAUCACUUCAUCACUCAAAUUGGCAUUAUACCUAUGUAUGAAUGGUGUCUUUAUUAUGUUGCACCAGCUGAAUAAAAAGUGGCUUGCUUUUUAUUAAU